AGUCCGUUGGUCAACACUGCCUUUAAGGCCGCCGCGUCCAGAAAAUCACGGCUCACCUAGCCGCUGCACAAUAUCCUCCUUGGUAAAACACACACGGACCGACGGACCCAUUCAGCACAAGGAAGCCUUUUCAUCCUCUUCCCGAAAUACCCGUGGUCGAGAAUGUGCUGUUGAAUAUGGUUGCUAGAGUAACGAGCUCUUAAUGUGAGGUGAAUGGACGCUGUUUUCUUUUCUCAAUCCCAGUCUGCCAAUCACGUCCUCAGCAGCGGGCCGGGCCGAUAUCACGACGUGAGGCAGGACGGCGCCGUCUGCAGAUCGUCAGGACUGCGGUAUGGGGUAGAGCCUGGCCCGGAGAUGUGUUCCCUGGUGCUGCUGCGGGGUCUGGGCGCGUGUCAGGCCGUGUGCGGGGUGGUGGCGGUGUGGCUCGGCACGCUGGAGAUACUGACAGCAUGGACACCGUACCCGGGAGUCAGCACUCUUCCCAUUGGAUGCGGAAUCAUGUUUGUGCUGGUUGGCGCCCUUGGCCUGCUCCUCACGUUGGACGACACGUGUGCCGCCUGCAUGAUGGGUCUCCUGACGAUCCAGUCCACGCUGAACUGCCUGCUCCUCGCGCCGCUGGCCUGUAUCUCAGCUGUUCUUGGCGUGCUGCACACCUGUCAGACACGGGCCGGAUCUGGAGACACGUCAACUCACGACUGGCACCUUCACCUGGAGAUAGGGAUCAUCUGCGCAUGUGUAGUGGAGGCAGGGGCGGCGGGAGUGACUGCUGUCCUGUGCGGCUGCUGCGAGAUUUUCGGCUGCAGAGAAAAGACAAAUGUCGAGACGGUGGCUCUGAAAGAAACAACCCAGGCGAACAUGUGUAAAGGAAAAACAAAGUGUAUGACGAACGUUCCUGUAAGCAGGAAUGUCAGCGAUGCAAAGAAAGCCCGUUCCCAAACACACGCACCGUCCCGUGUGGACGGGCCGGACAGACGGAAGUCUGCCGCCGCUCAGAGAUCAGCUGCUCGGCCGCUAGACGUCCUGCCGCCGAAAAGAUCCGGAUUAAGAUUGUUUGUUGGAAGAGCGGAGAGCUGUUCAAAUGAUACGUCAACAGCCGUCCAGCCGAGAAUUACCUUAGAAGAACUGGGAUCCUUCCAACAGACUUCUGAGUCCAGAAGGUCGUCUGUUGUGGAGACAUGGGCACCUGAAGCUCCGCUGCCAGGGUCCACACAGGACAGUAUAGAGCUGACGGCGUGUGGCGUACAAACACUUCCGAUGUCAGAGGACAAGACACCUGACGUCACUGAAGAUGAAGAGAGCGCGUCUCGGAGACCACCGGUCUUUCUUAAACCUCUUGAUUCAGCCCGCAUCCCUCCCAGACUUGUGCGAAAUAGGCUGGAUCCUGAGCACGUCGGAUCUACCGCAAGUUUUGUGUCACUAGACGGGAGUUCCUGCGACCUGUCACCGAUCUGGAACUCAAACGACAUGCCGGGCAGGGGCGACAGGCGGCCUCCUGUCAGAAAGCCGCUGCCUCCUCCAUCUGUACUGAAAACUUCAACAGUACUGCCAGCAGAAAGGUCUCCCGAUUUUUACAAACCAGACGGUUUUAAAACUCACAAGAUGCCGCCACUAGACAAUUCCAAACCAAGAGACUUUGACUGUCCGCAGGACGAGGACGUGGAGACAUUCACACUUAGAAGAGAUUCUUUGGAAACGUUUGAAGAAGAUGCGAUUCCGUCUAAAGUGAUGACAAAGUCGACGAUGGACAACGAUGAAAGGGUCAGAAAUGACAUGAAUGACGUACCCUUAACGGCAGUUACCAAAAAGCCGGAGUUCUAUAGUUCUUCAGGUAGCGGUGCUCGGUCGAGCAUACCUUCUACCGGAGGCCAUGUUGACGGCGUGAGCACGAAGAUACCGGCGGUGACGGAGGAGUCUCUGAUGAUGCUGGAUGCUGUAGACAGGGAACUGGACGAGGCAGAGACGCUGAUACAGUCAGGCAGCAGACGGCAGUGUUCAGCCGGUUUAAGACGGGCUGAUGAGUACAGUAACACGACCGACAAGAGCGACAAACACACGACAGCUCACGACGGUUCUGAGAUCAUGUCUCGGUUAGAUCCGGACGUCCAGAAGGGACGAGUUCUCGCUGUAUCCCAGAAACCAUCACUUCUACUGGAAAAUGAAGGACAGCCGGUGGACAGUAUGAAAGCAAGAAAAGACCACAGCGGCCAAUACUGUCUCUCCGUGAAAAGGGCGGCAAGCUUUGAUCUCUGUAAGAAAGAUGACGUCACGGAUGUUGAACGUGAGCUGGCUGAGGCAGAACAGCUGAUCCAACGGUCAUCGGAGCUGGAAAACGGCAUGACAGACCGGCCGUCAGGACAGGACCCGGCAGGCGCGGCACCGGUCUCCGCCGGCAGGGCUGACGUCGAUGAACACAUGGAGGCCGCUGAGACGCUGAUCCAGAUGUACGAGGUCACAGAGGCCCUGCAGAAGGCCAUGGCCCUGAGGAACCUACCGGCGCUGGAGGCCGCCAUCACCGCCGUGCAGAGGGCCGGGGUGGAGGACAAAGUUAAACACGAGAUAAACAGGGCAAACAAACUGCUCCUGUCCCUGCGGCAACUGGACAAGUUGAAACAAGAAGUUCUGAAGCUGCGGCAGAGCACGGUGUCGGAGAUCCGCAGCUAUAACAAGCCCCACCCAGCGGUCAAAACCGUCAUGACAGCCGUGUACCUGCUGCUGGGCACCAGGGAGAAAGACACGGAGAACUGGCAGUCAGUGCAGAUUCUCCUCAGUAAGGCUGGUGCAGAGGGGCUGAAGAGACGAGUGUCUGCUUGUAACGUAGCUAAGAUCCCCGUGGCAGUGGCCAACAGGUCCCGGCAGUUCCUGGGCAAGUACAACCUGGACGAGAUCAGAGACGUCAGCGCAGGAGCCGCCACUCUAUACUUAUGGGCAACAGGUGUUGUCCAGGAGGUUCGGGACAGAGCGAGAGAGCAGAGACAGCUCAACUUCCUGUCACCCACCUCCUCAUCCACCGCUGACACAGACACUACAACAUAGCAACCUUUCCAGAACUGGUGUCUCAAGCUUUGGAGUCUUUUCUUGUAGUCAUAUUCAGAAUUGGAAGAGGUAAACUUAGAGACUGAGUAUAAAAUAUCAUCUGAAGUAAUUGUACUACAAGUACUCAAUUUCACUAUAAACAUACGAUGUUCUUCCAGGGAAGUCAUUUAGCGUAAGUCUUCGUAGACUGCACUAUAAAUACAUGCUCGCAAGGUGUUUAAAUGUGCAGGUAAAAACGAAAUAGGCCAUACACAUUGUUAAAGGAAGAAUAUUUCUUAAAAUGGGCUGAAUAUUUGAAUCUGCCUAUGUACGUUUCAGCAGAAUGGCAUUGUAAUUCUGAUUUAAUAAUUUGUCUGGAAACUUCUGUUGAUAUUUAGAAAUGAUAAUGGAUUAUUCCGUUUGAAUGUGUACAAUUUGCUACUGCAAACCUUUAGAACUUCAUAUUAAAAACAAGAUCGACUUUGCAUUUUCGACUGUACCUUCGAGUAAAAUGCAUAAUUAAUAAAAGAUAUUGAUACUGAUAAAUAAAAUACUGAGAGUAUAUCUAUUUGUAUAUUUAUAACAAGUACAUUAAUUUUUUAUAUCUAGUAUCUACUU